ACGUGUCAAGUUAUUACAUAUAGUUCAUAGGUUCUAGUUAAUGUCUAGUUGAGAGGAAAAUAGUGUUUCAUUUCAAGUAAAAUUUCAUUCAUACAUUAAAAGUAAACGUAUUAUAGAAAUAUUAUAGAAAUAUGCCGACUUAUGAAAUGCCGUUAUUAUUACGACUGGCAAGCAAGGCAGAAUAUGCAACUACCUUAAAGAAUGUAGCAAAUUCAAUAUUUGAAACAGGUGGAUUUAUUAGGAAGAUUGAAAACUGGGGAAAUAAAGAACUUCCAUGUAAGGCAAUUGCCCAUGGUAAAACUAAUACACAUGCUGGUCAUUUUAUGUUUUGUUUUGAUAUGCCACCAUCUAAGCUUCUUAGACUUGAAGAUGAUUGUAAAAGAAAUAUAGGUAUUAUUAGAGUAAAAAUAUACAAACAAAAUGAGCCAUGUUCAAAUAUACAAUGUACAUUGCAUGAAGAAUUAUUACCACCGCCUUAUAGACCUGGUGUGAUAAAGAUGAUGGAAGAAGCCAAAAAGAACAAACGUUCCAAAUCUAAAUUCGAGUAUGGUAAUGACCUUAAUUAUCAUCCUUUCGUUAAAUGAUUUAUUCAUGACAUAAUAUAUAGUGUAAGAAUAAAAUAUAUGUUUGUUUAGAUUUGUUUAGAUAUUUAAAUAAAAAUAUUGAAUGAAUGAACAAAUC